AUGGCGUAUCUGCUUACGCAGCUGAAGGAGAAGGGCCCCAAGGGGGCCGGCUGCCUCAUCGGUGCGCCGGCGGACAUGAGGGUGGUGACCAGCAACAAGGGCUUCUGUGAGUGGCACGUGGAGAUGCAGGGCAAGGUGAUUCACUCCGCCAUGGCGCUCAUGAGCACGAGCUGCAACGCCAUCGAGUACGCCGCGCAGAUCAUCGCGGAAAUGUGCGAGACCGCGCUGGACAUCACGAAAAGCACCGCACAGGAGAGGAACUACAGCUGCUCGCUCGCGUGCAUCUCCACGGAUGCCGUCGUGGGUGGUAGCGCGGUGAACACGGUACCGGCGGAAUGUGACGUUGUGUGCAGCGUGCGCCGUCCGCUUGGGUAUCUCUGA